GCGAAGAAAAAGUCUACUCGCCUCUUAGCAGUUUCACUUUCUUACAGAAACUGGAUCAGCGCACAGUCUUCCCGUUAGAAGAUCUCCGGAACCAUCGCCCGUUUCCAAACCGGUUCGGGCAGCAUGCAGGCGGACUUCCGCGCUCCCCGGCGGCGGUCCCGGGUUUAUGAGGAGUACGAGGCUCCGCUGCCGGUGAGCGGCAGAACGGAGGAGCCGAGCAGCUUCCAGGCCCAGCUCAUCAACCGGCACGUGCUGGUGUGCCAGCCCGCGCACAGCAGCGCCCUCUACAGCAAGGGUUAUUUCGGGAAAGGUGUCCUGUCUAGAGCCCGACCAGACUACAGUAUCUCCAGUCAAUGGGAGGAACAUGGAGGUCUGUUACUUCCUGUCAUUUCCCAAUCCAGGUAUGAGGAGCUGCUCUGUUUGGCGAGGGGAGCGCUGUCAUCUCAGGGGUUGGACAACGAGACUGUCAGUCAAACCCUGCUCAAGAUCUCUCAGCCAGUACACGUGGGCGAUCUUAAGUGUGAGGUAGGAGGAGAAGAAAAUGGAUAUCAAGGAAAGAAGGAAGAGAUGGAACCAAGCCCAAAGGAGGAAGUCUCUCCCCAUAAAAAGAGAGUCAGGACAGAGUUGGUGAUUGAGCCCGAGGCCAAGAGGUCCUGCAGGGAGGGCUCUGAAGCACAGUUCCACUCAGAAGACCAGAAACCUGACCCCUCCCCACAGGAGGACCACCUCAACUCUGAUUCUAACUCAGACGCUGACCCCGACCCCGAACUUGCCACCAGCUCUGACUCGGGCCCUCAUCCUUUGGUUUCUGGUCCUGCUUUUGUCCUGGUGGUCCCUCAAAAUGAAGGUGAUGGAAGCAUCAGAGAGGUUCGAAGGACACCAUUCACAUUGACGGAGUACCUGCAGCUCAGCCUGGAGGAGACUUUCUUCUUGGUCUACGCACUGGGCUGCCUGUCUGUCUACCAGCACCAGGAGCCCCUGUCAAUCAUCCAGCUGUGGAGGACGUUCCGGUCAAUCCGGCCUGACUUUGUCAGCUUGUACGCAGCCUAUCAUUACUACCGCAGUAAGGGGUGGGUGCCGAAAGGAGGGGGAGGAGCCAAGUACGGCGUUGACAUGAUGUUGUACAGGAAAGGACCACCCUUCUACCAUGCCAGUUAUUCAGUAAUUGUGGAGAAGAUUGAUGAGACGUUUCGUGGUUCGACAUUGCGCCCGUUCACGUGGCGCUCCUUGGCGACACUCAGUAGGAUUACUGCCAAUGUUUCCAAGGAGUUACUGUUGUGUUACAUCAUUUAUCCUGCUGACCUAUCAGAAGCUGAGUUGGACUCUCCUCUCUGUCUGUGCAGACUCACUGUGCAGGAGGUGAUCGUCAGUAGGUGGGUUUCCUCCAGAGAACGCGCCGAGCAAGAUGACAUCUGAUUAGUUGACAAGAAAUCUGGGUGGGGCUUCUGUUCAGCUGAAUUUGGGAACUGUAAAAUUUACAGAUCCCAAGUUGGAAACUGAUGUUUUCACGAAAAGACUGAUGGCAUCAGCCAAAUGUGUCCUUCAGUGAACUGAGACUAAGUUGCUUCCUCUCUGAUUCUUCUUUGCUGAAGAUUUGGUGCUGAAAGACAUCAACUGAUCAGCUGAGGAUAAACAGCAGGGGAACAUUUGGAAAAGGAGCAGGAACUGGUUGUUUAAGAGACUAAUAUGAUCUGACUGUACCUAGAAGAGUGUUCAGCUGACAUCAUCAGAUGGUGUUAUUAUUGUUUACCCACCGUCUUGGUGCAGGGUUUGCUCCAGACCACACCACGACAGCCAAAUCAUGAAUCAUGUAAAUGUGACAGAUGUCUCAUUCUUACAGCUCAGGUAUGUAGCUUCAGCUUCCUUUUAGACCAGAUCUCUGGAUUUACAAAUUAAUAUAUGUAAAUCAAUUCCAGAUUAGAACUUCAUGGUUCAAUUUUGGUUUGGCUCCAGACUUUUGUUAUAUAGUUGUUUAGUUUGUAAAGUGGUGACAUGCUGGACUAGUUCUACUUAAUCAUUUUGUAUGUGAUCAUUUGUAGGCAGUGUAUGAGAUUAUCCAGGCAGACUGGAUGCUGUAGCCCACCGAGUAAACAUUUUACCACAUGAUG